UGCAUGUAUGGGCUUGCAUCUACAUCAGGGAGGUAGAAAGAAAGUCUGGGAAGUCAGUGUCACUAACCACAUAAUACCAUGGCAAAGAAACAUGCUUUAAUCUAUACUGCAAAAGAAAACAUGGCUCCAAUUGAUGAUGUCAGGGCAUGGGGACAGUCAUUCGACCAUCUUCUUGAGUGCAGAACCGGCCGGCUGGUGUUUGGGGAUUUCCUGAGGACAGAAUACAGCGAGGAGAAUCUUCUUUUUUGGCUUGCUUGUGAAGACUACAAAAAAAUCCCCAAUGAAACAGAGAUGACGGUUGCUGCCAAAAGGAUUUACUCAGAAUUUGUCCGAGUUGAUGCACCGAGACAGAUAAACAUUGACUGCGUGACAAGAGGAGAAAUCAGAGGAAACAUCUCUCACCCAGCGCCAAAUUGCUUCGACAGAGCACAGAAACUCAUAUAUCGUCUGAUGGAAAACGACUGUUAUCCACGAUUUCUGAAAUCAGAAAUCUACCAAACUCUCUUGGAACAGGCUGAAGGGCGAUGAAAGCAACAUGAAAGAAAAAGUGUGCCAACCAACUCUUUAAAGGAGCAAUUCUCUUCUUCAGAUGACAUCUCAGAGUUUCUGCCUAAAAGGAAAAGAAAUGCCUGUCAAACAAAGCUGACAUGAAAGGAGCUGUUGAUGUGGCAACUGACAGGGUCUAAAAGCCAAACAGGGUCUAAAUAAUGUUUUAAGCACCUUUUGAAGAUGAUAGACUAUCAUUAACUUUUGAAAUGCUGGUAUCUGGACAGAUAUUGGGGUAAAAGAUUCUUGAAUAGGGAUAAAUUAUCUUUCAUUAAAGCAUACAGAUAAAAAGAUUUAUGUGUCAGCAAAAAUGUAUGUCUGAGGGCCAUGCCACCUUAUUAUAUCCUGUACAGUAACGGUCAAAACCAUGCUUGUUGCUGGGAGAUCCACAUAUCAGUUUAUAGCUUCUUGCUGUGGUGUAUCCAUUUAUUAUGUCAGCUAAAUGUGAACAAAGAAUGCAUCCACACAAAGCAAAAAAAAUUACAUUUUGGUUCUUAUCAUCUCACCAUCAAAUGCAAUUUUAUCUUGCUCAGAUGAAAAUCAAUUUUUCAAAAAUAUGAUUAUAAUACAUUGUACCGUAUUCAUGAGUCCAUAAAAAAUCCAAAUUAGAAUGAAAAUUAAAUAUACAUAAAUUGUGAGAUUUUCAGUUACUGUUUAAAUCCUGUUUUUGGACUGUUAGAGUAUAGGUUUAAGAUUAGAGCUUGAUGAACAAUUUCUUUGAGGAUCAGUGAAGUAUCUAUUUAUCAACAUGAGAAUUGAGCUCUUCUCUCAAAACUCUAAAGUCUAAACCCUCAAAUUGAAACACUGCAUUCGGACAUCCCAAAAUUGCCACCUUAAAUAACAUUUUAUCUGGAAAAACUCAGAGAAGGGCAUUCUAAAAUGAAAUAAAAUAAGUUAUUGCAGUUACCAUGUACCAAGAGAGCAGGGCAGCAUCCAGCUGAAGGAUGUUUCUGUUCACUGACGGAGUGAAGUUGUGUUACGUUUUCUGGACAAAUGCACUUUGACGGGUGUUUAAGUGGAGACCUGGAUAUUGCUAACACUUGUGUUGUAAUCUGUUUCGCAGUUGCACUCCAAGCAUCGCCAUAUGUGAGAUGCAGCACACCAAACUAACUGAGCCCUCAGCUGAAAGUAUAAGAAACAUCAUUUUCUUUAAGAAGCAAUCAUGGGAGUAGCUUGGCUUUUCAGAGACUGUCUAUCCUCAUGACGCCCAUUUAGUCCUUAAAAUUCAGGGAUUCUGCUUGAUGAUCAGCAGUUUUGUAGAUGCUCUUUUAGUCAGAUUAAUGACUCUUUUUGAAAGUUUGAAUAGCUCCAGAUACAUAAAGAGAAUACUGACUCAGCACUUUGCUUAAAGUUAGCAUUGCCAAAUUGAAUCUGUAACACUUGAAGAACAUCUGGUUUAAUUUUUUUCUUAAACUGACCAGAAAUAUAUCUGAGCAUGAAGAACCAUAAAGUACAGCCAAACAAUUUUGCAAGAUUCUAAAGAAGAAAUGAAAAGAUAAGUCAUCACAACUUUCCUUUCAUUAUUUUAUCCUCAGCAAGUUAAAGUUCUGUGAAAUAAUGGGUUGAUUUUCUGAUGAAGCUUUGCAUUCAGCUGUCGUGUAACAGGAUGAUAAUAAACUAAAUUGUG